AUGCAAGAAAACAGCAAAACCAAAGCAAAAGUGUACAAGGCAAAGUCAUCAAACAUAUUACACAACCAAAAAGCAAAAGUGAAAGGAAAGGGCAAAGGGUCUCUCACAAAAGGCUCAUCUUUCAUCUUUCUCAAAAAGCAGCCUAAAGCUAUGGAAUGGGAUGGAGAUGUGGAUGAAUUGACUCCAUUUUGGAUGCAAAGAACCAACAGUCUCCGCCACGUCGACCGCCUCCGCCAACGUUUGUCGUCAAUCUUUUUCAGCUCUGGACUUGUGGUGAUUCUAUUGCUGGUAACAGCUGUUUCCUUCUUGGUUUUUGUAGUUCCAUCCACUCUUUCUUUCAGUGCUCAGAUCUUUAGACCAAACAAUGUUAAGAAAAGUUGGGAUUCUUUGAACAUAGUACUGGUUCUUGCUGCUGUAGUGUUCGGAUUUCUUAGCAGAAACAAGAAUGGAGAUAGAUACUAUGAUGAAUAUCAAACUUCACCGGUUAAACUAAAUGAAACCCAAAAAUCAAAUCCAUCAACUCCACAUCAAUGGUAUGAUUAUUCUACAAAUGAAACCCAGAAAUCAAAUUCAUCUCAAUGGUGUGAUCAAUAUUCAUCAGAUAAUGAAAACAAGCUCUACAAAAGUUCCACCAUGAGGAGGAUUAGUAGUUCUUACCCAGAUCUACGCCAAUUUUCAUCAAAUUGGAGCGAAUUUUCAUCAAAUUGGAGUAAUGAAGAUGAUCGCCGGCGAUUCUAUGAUGAUAUACAUGUUGAUACUUAUCGGGUUCCCGAUUCGAGCCAGCUUCAUCGCCGCCGCCGGAGCUUAGAAGAAAUUGGUCGAGAAAAUGAGCUGAACGCCAAGAAUAUUUAUGUUGAUACAUUUGUAAGGCGUCCAAAGGAGGUUUCAGAUACUCCGCCUCUUCCAGCAAUGCCGCCGCUGCACCCAGCUCAGAAACCGGAUUCUAUAGAAAAGCCAAAGAGAACAUAUGAAAGUGUUGGGCGUAAAAAAGAAAGAUCGAAAGUGGAGAGAAACUUGGAUCCCGGAAAACCCAUUGCGCCACCGAAAAUACCUCCUCCUCCACCGCCUCCGAUGUUGCAGCCAAAAAGCGGCAGAAGCGACAGAAAAAGAGGUGGUGCCACGGGAAGUGCAACUAAGGAGUUCCUGAAUUCGCUUUAUAAUAAGAAGAAGAAAAAACAAAGGCAAAGGAGUGUUGAUAAUCUGGAUUCUCUAUUUCAUCAAACUCAAACUCCAGCGCUACAUUUUCAACUUCCACCGCCAUCGCCUCCACCACCACCCCCACCGCCGCCUCCUUCAGUCUUUCACAAUAUAUUCUCAUCGAAGAAACCCAAAAGAAAGGGACAUAUAAUAGUUACUCCACCGAUACCAGCACCAAUCCCACCACCUCCACCUCCACCGCCAAAGGCAGAACGUGAGCCAAAACCCAGUACCCAGAUUGUGCCAUUAACCACCCACAAGCUCCCAGAACUCGUAAAGAUGAACAGGUUCGAAAAUGCGGACGAGAACUCCAACAGCGGCGGAGAAUCACCGCUGAUGACUAUGCCUCCUCCGCCGCCGUUCUUCAAAGCCCCAGCAUGGAAGUUUGUGGUACAAGGUGACUACGUGAGGAUAGACAGCAAUGCAAGCUCCCGGAGUGGAUCACCGGAACCUGAUGAAAUGGAUUCCGACAUCACACCCUCAUCCAUACAAGGGGGUGAUAUGUCGCCGUUUCACCCCUCGCCGGCGUUCUGUCCUAGCCCAGAUGUGAAUACGAAAGCUGAAUCCUUUAUUACCAAUUUCCGGGCAAAAUUGAAGCUCGAGAAAGUCCAUUCGAUGAGCAAAAGAGAACUGGGCUUGUCUAACCUACGCCCAGGUCCUGGCCCAACUUAG